AUGGUGUCAGUUGAAUCAAUUUUAAGCCAAGGUGUAACAGGUGGACUGACAGAAUCCAGCAUGAAUGAAAGAGCGGUUAGGGUGAUGGGGCACACAAACCUCACUCAGCAGAAUAUGUGCAAGUGCAUCCUGAACAGUUGUGGAUAUUUAGGUGCUAAUGUGGCAGGUGUGGACACGGAAAUGCUUUUGAAGGAUGUAGACAUACCAGGAGGUGUGAGAUGCCUCAGUGCUGAGAUGCUCAAUAUUUCAUUCUUCCUUUGCAGUGCAUUCUCCAAGGGCAUGAUCCUGUAUUUGUCUUUGAUGGUUCAGUGGAAUGGCUUUAGGACCAGUAUUAUCAACAGGGAUCAGUAUUGGUUGAUGCAGGAUGUUUUACAUUUGCACAGGAUACAGCAGGAUACAGCAGGAUACAGGAUUUCCAUGUCUCCUGCCUGCCCGUCUUCCGAAGUCGCCGAGCGAGUCCCCCGAGGCGACGGCCAGAGCGAGCGAGCGAGCGUCGAAGGGCGGAGCGAAGUCGCCGAGGGCAGAAGAGGAGCGACGCGAGAAGAGCCUUGGAGCGCGAGUCCUGGGCCUCGAAGGACGUCGAAGGGAGUACCGCUGAGCCCCCGCCCCCGCCCCCAGUUCCGGAGGUCCCCGAGCCCGCCCGAGCCCGCCCUCCCGCCGUGGAAUGAGCUCCGGCCGGCGUCCCCCUGGGCCGCGGAGCCCCCGCCCGAGCCCGCGCGCAGCCCCCACCAGGUGCGCCAGCGGCUGCACCUCCAGCAGCAGCAGCGCGACGUGCACGAGCAGCUGGAGCGCGAGCAGGAGCGCCACCACCAGCUGCAGCCGCAGGAGGCGCUGGCCGGCUGCUGCGGCUCGGGCCCCGCGGCCGCCACCACGUGCAGCUGCGGCGGCGGCCUCACGUCGACGGCGGCCAUCUACGGCCCCGCGCCGUGCCGCACCACCACCACCACCUGCGGCACCAGCUGGACGCCGCCGCCGCGCUCGCCCCCGCCAGCAGCGCCAGCAGCUGCAGCGGCGACAGCGUCACCUGCGCCGAGGCGCCGCUGGGACGCGCCCCGUUGGCGGCGGCGGCGCGGGCGGCGAGGCGUGCGUGGGCGCGUCGGGCGGCGCCUGCGGAAGUGGCGGCUGCGGCCACUGGUGCUCGUCGUGCCGCGUGCGGGUGCAGGUGGAGGUGGAGUGCGUGGGCGCGGACGCGCGUCCGUCGCCGCCGCGCGCCGGCCGCCUUCGGACGCUGACGUUCCCGAAGCGGCACCGCCACAAGACCAAGACGCCCACGCGCGACCUGCCGGCGCAGCCCAAGAAGAAGAAGGCGCCCUGGACCUUCCGCCUCAACUGCCGCCUGCGGACGUCCAAGUCGGAGCCCGAGCCCGAGGCGGCGGCCAGCCCCGGCGCCGCCGUCGGCUGCGGCGCCUGCAUGUGCCCGUCGCUGCGCCGCGCCGAGCCCGAGGCGCACCUGCGCCACCACCACCACCUCGCGCACCACCACCACCUGCCGCACCACCUGCACGGGCGUCUGCCCGCGGCGCAGGAGCAGCCGUCCGUGGCCACCGUGGCGGGCGCGGGCGCUGCGCGGCGGCGGCGCGGCGGCGCGGCCGCGGUGGCGAAGGCAGCCCCGGGGGCGCCGCGGCCGCCACGCCCGUGAUCGACCUGUCGCGCUUCAACCCCGACGCCUUCCCCAUCGAGGACUGGGAGGAGCGGGCGCGGCAGGAGCGCGCGCGAGAGAUGGCCGAGGGCGUGGAGCCGCCGCCCGGAUUCACGCCCGUGCACAGCGCUCUCACGCCCACGCAGCAGGCGCUGACGCACCUGCAGCUGCAGCACCAGCACCACCUGCAGCUGCAGCAGGCGGGCGCCGUGACCACGUCGCUGCCGCUGUCGUACAACUCCAUGCUGGACCUGCAGCUGCUGCUGGAGCGGUCGCUGCGCCUGGGGCUGGGCGGGCCGCGGGCCGUGGCGGCGCCGCUGAGCGAGGAGACGCUGCUGCAGCAGGUGGGGCGGCUGGCCGGCGAUGGCUCGCUGCUGCAGCGCACCGUGCACACGCAGGUCGACUACAUCCACUGCCUUGUACCUGACCUCCUGAGCAUCACGAACUGCGCCUUCUACUGGGGCAAGAUGGACCGCUACGAGGCCGAGCGCCUGCUGGAGAACCGGCCCGAGGGCACGUUCCUGCUGCGCGACUCCGCCCAGGAGGAGUACCUGUUCUCCGUGUCGUUCCGGCGCUACGGGCGGUCGCUGCACGCGCGCAUCGAGCAGUGGAACCACAAGUUCAGCUUCGACUCGCACGACCCGGGCGUGUUCGCCUCCGACACCGUGUGCGGCCUCAUCGAGCACUACAAGGACCCGUCGUGCUGCAUGUUCUUCGAGCCCAUGCUGACCAACCCGCUGGCGCGCACCUUCCCGUUCCCGCUGCAGCACCUGUGCCGCGCCGCCAUCUGCUCCGCCACCACCUACGACGGCAUCAACAACAUCCGCCUGCCCAAGCCCCUCAAGAACUACCUCAAGGAGUACCACUACAAGCAGCGCGUGCGGGUGCGCCGCCUCGACCACUAGCACGAACCGCUGGUGGUCCUGUAGCGGGCCACGGCGGAGGCCACGGCGGAGGCCACGGCGAGCGGAAGACGCCGGUGCCCAGGAGCAUGAGAGGAGCAUGGAGGAAGGAGGAGGCCGGAGCGCGCGCGUCGACGGAAGCCGAAGGAGCCAUCA